GCAUGUGACUUCAUUAUCUGCAAGAGCCUGCUGUCUCCAAACACUCAAUUCACCAAUAACAAGAUAAUGGCCUACACAUUCAAGUCAGAUGAUCAUAUGGUCAUCACAAUACCUCUUUCCAGCAUUGGAAAAGAAGAGGAACUCCUGCCAGAGAACUUUAGCUGUGUAUUCAAAGAUGUGUACAAGGUUUUUCUCCAAGGACAACCGAAAGCCUUAGGGACCUCACAGCUAAUCACUGGAGUGAUGGUCAUCUGUCUGGGGUUGCUGGUGACCCAGGAAGAUAUGUUUCAUUUGGCAUACACCUUGCCCAGUGUUCUGUUCAUUGUUUCAGGGAUGCUGUCAUAUGCUGCAGGACAUUCUCCAGAUAUGUGUGUGACAAAACUGUCAUUUUCGCUCAACAUCAUAAGUUUCUUCUGGGCCAUUGUUGCUCUGGUGAUGUGUUGCCUUCAUAUAUUCGCACUGGUAGGGGUACAAGGGCUGACUGCCAGUCUUCUUGUCCUGGAGAUGGGGGUUGCAGUGGUGUUAAUUUACUGGGAGAGCAAAGCAGUGUGCAGGGAACACUUCAACAUUCUGCCUGUGAUCAACCUGAAGCUUGACAUGUGAAUGGGACCAGCUCAGAGGCUGCUAAAAACAACCAUUCUCUUCUCGCCAGCGUGACAGAAUUUUGAUCACCCAUUUUUUUUCUAAAGCAACUCCACUGAUCCCUUUACAUUGUGGAUAAAACUUUUUUUGAAC